CUCAAUCAAGCUCCGUUCAGAUUCAAACACUGUCUUUCACUGUACACUGCCCUUGGUAUAUAUUUGAUAACUACUUGCUCAAUGUCUCCCAAUACCAGUGAAGACGACUCGGUAACUUGCGCCUUUGCGUAAUCUUGGCGAAGACCACUGAGGAAAUCGACGCAACAAUGGCUUCUUCCAAUUCCGCGACCUGUAUCUCCAUGGCUUUGGUAUUGCUUUUAGCAGUCACAGGUGUUUGGGGAGCCAAUGUUUAUGCCGUUCGCCCUCCUCCAAAUAGCUGUUUGGUGGAAUGGUUGAUUCACGCUGGUGUUUCUCGGAGUAAUGCUUUUGCCUUCGAACAAAACGCCAUUCAGCACUCGAAGACAUUUACGGGAAUUGUCGCUGGGGGAUAUCAACUGUACAAUAACACGCUGCUAGCUUCAGACGCAGAUUCUCAAGCUAUCCACGAUUGCGCCAACCGCUAUUCUGCAUCCUGUAAUUCGUACACGGGUCCCUGCUUCAACAGCGGAAACUGUCGCCUGAUCGCUGGAAGUGGGUUUACAUGCCAAUGUACGGAAGGGUACAGUGGAGAGUACUGCCAAAUUCGUACCCCUGUGAUUGAUAGCGAGGAAUUGGAGGAUCUACAAACGGAGGUGGCAUCAUUGAAGACUGCGUUGGUCCUGCAGCAGAACAAGACCAAGUUGCUAGGCACCGGUUGCAACUUGCGGGAUGUCGGCUACAAGUAUCAAAGUCAUCACAAUCUGUUUCAAGAGAAAGAUUUUGGACAAGUGGCGUCGAUGACAUUCACCAAGAAACGAAACGACACAGUACUGAAGCUGUCCUAUUCCAGUAACAUCAGAACACACGGUGCUCUGGCUGCAACGCGCUGGUUCUUUCGAAUCGAUGGACAGGAGUGCCGCAAGCCCACAACUAUUGAUAUAGGUAUGUGGCAGAAUACGGCCGACAACAUGCACGUGCCCGCCGUUCUAACAGGAAUCUGCGAGUCUAUUGACCCAACAGGAGCAGGUUUGCGAUAUGGACAGCACACCAUCUCUGUACAAGUUGGCCCGAUGAGAAACUUUGCCAUUGCUAACGCCAACUCCGGUUGGUAUACCACUUCCAUUCUAGAAGUUCAGGAACUGUGCCCUCAAUUCUAAUUGUAUUUGAUUAUGUUGUUACUCUCGAUUCCUAGUUUUAACGCAAGAUUUUUGGUUUCAAUGUUUGCCGUCUACAGCUUGCUGUCUACCACAUUGGCUGUCAAUGUUAUAAGUAUUUUGUUGGCAUAUUUUGCUCGUCGAGAACAUUUUCAAAACUAGAUGUUUAGGACAGUGAGUGCGACUAAUUAACCCUUCUACCAAUCUGCGUUGAAAUGCUCCAUCACCAAUGACACCAUUGCGCCCUGUGGCCAACAGCAUAUAAUUUUGUAAAUACACUCACUUGCCCCACAACAGCGACAAAAGGUUCCUUCGAGCAUUGCAUUUGUAUUACUUCUGACUGCUAUUCAAUCUGACAAGUCUGAUCGUGGAAUUCCUUUUAUGAAAGUGGUGUCACAAAGGUAUUGCUUCUUUCAAAUACAUUUGACGGAAUCCAUUCCCUGUAUGAAUAUCAUCUUGAAAAGAAUACAUUAAUCGUAUCUUA